GUGACUCCAGCCCCUUAAAAAUCUCCAUUCAGGGCCUAAACGUCCCAGCUAUACUGCCGCUAGACCUCUUUCCUUGGUGACUCCAGGUUCCGGUCCCUAGAUAGCCAUCCUCCUAACGCUUUAACUUGUAGUGAUUUCCAUAUCAUCCAUCCCAUCCUGUCCCGAUGUGACCAUUGGCUUCCGGGAGGGCCACCUGCCUCAGUGUACCUGAGGAGUAUUCAGACUCGUCCUGGGAAUGAUGGAGAAGGGGACUUGCAACUGGGAAUAAGUGUUCCUAUCAUGCUGCUCCCCAGGAACCGUUCGGAGCUCGAGACAUGUCGCGAUUGAGGAGAUACGAGGUGGCGCUGGAAGCGGAGGAGGAGAUCUACUGGGGCUGCUUCUACUUUUUUCCUUGGCUGCGAAUGUGGCGCAGGGAGCGGAGUCCGAUGCCUCCAACAAGCCAGAGACUAAGUCUGGAACCCCCCAGGCUCCCGCUGACAGGCUGGCAUCCGUGGAACAAGACUAAGGAGAAGCAAGAAGCCUUGCCACUGCCCUCCAGCACUAGCUGCUGUACUCAGCUCUAUAGGCAACCACUCCCAACCAGACUACUGAGGAGGAUCGUCCGUGUGGAGCUGCAGGAGGCUGACGGGGACUGCCACCUCCAGGCUGUUGUGCUUCACCUGGCUCGGCGCAGUGUCUGUGUCCAUCCCCAGAACCGCAGCCUGGCUCGGUGGUUAGAACGCCAUGGGAAAAGGCUCCAGGGGACCCUACCCGGUUUAAAUCCGGUACUACAAAAGAAAACGUGCCCAAGCCCCCAAAAGCAAAAGUAAUAAAGCAACAUUAGACGAUAA